CUCGGGGGCACAGCGAGAGGGAGGAGAUUUGGUUAGCACUAUUUGCUAUCCUUUCUGUUCUGUGACCUUCCUCAGGGGAAAAGAGAGAAUGAGAGAGAGAGGGAGGCUUCACAGCCAAGUUGCUGUAUAAAAGAUGAGCGUCAUGCAGACACGGGCACAGUCCACUGGUCUCAUACCCUUCGUGGACUCCUUGUCACUCUCCUCCCACCGACAAAACAAGGAUGUGGCGUUUGACGGCGACGCUGCUGCUGGCCUCCCUGGCCUCCGCCAUCCCCCAGGGUGGUUAUCUUCCUCCCAGACCUGAACCUGUCUGUGAGACGGUCACCUCUGUCGUGUAUGACACCCGCUAUCAGACCUCCGUCGUGGUUCAGACCGUCAACCAGGUGGACACACAGUACCGCACCACCACCCUUGUUAAGCAGCAGGUGAUUCCCACCACGAUAUACAGGACCAGAGUCCAGACAAUCCCACAGACUCAAACUAGCAUCAUCCAGAGCACUACCAACGUAGUUUCUGACGAAGUGGUGACCCAGACCGUAACAAGCCCUCCCCGUGAGGAGGUCCAAUACAUCACCACGACCCGCGUGGUGCCUCAGGUCAGCUACGUCACCCAGACACAGGUACAGACACAAGUAGUACCUGUCGAGGUCACCCUCACAGAGACUCGGACUGUCAACCAACCUGUCGUCAACUACCAGACGCAGGUGGUGCAGCAAACCCGGUUUGUUUCUAUCCCUGGACCUGACGUGGUUCGCACCCGCGUGCAGACCGUGGUCCAGACCUCACUGGUCCGCCAGGAGCAGCCCGCCAACACCCGAUACGUCACCUCCACCAGCGUGCGCCAGGUGGUCCAGACCAGCGUCGUCCGGGGCCAGGAUGUGAUCCGCACCAGCGUGGUCCAGCGCCAGCAGGUCAUCCCCUUCACCGCCGUCAACACCCGUUACGAAAAUGCUUACGUCACCCGCGAGCAGGUCGUCACCCGCACCAACGUCGUCACUCAGACUCAAGUCAGCACGCAGGUCGUUCCUCAGGAGGUGGUGACGACCCAAGUGGUGCCCACCACCAUCUACACCACUAUCUACAGGACCCAGGUGCAGCCCUUCACGCAGGUGCAGACUGUGGUGCAGACCCAGUACGUCACUCCCACCCCUGUCUACCAGACUAGGGAGGUGACGAGCACCUCUGUGGUGCAGGUGUCCGGCCCGGACCGCGUCAUCACCCAGCAGGUGGUGCAGACUCAGCAACAGCAAAGCAUCGUCUACCAAACUGUCAACCGACCCCAGCAGAUCACCGUCACCACGACCGUCACAGGCACUUGUGGACAAACAGGAUACAACUAUGACAGGCCGCAAAACGCUUUUAAUUACUGAACUUCAUCCGAAAGCCUUGUUAUAUGAGGAAGUGAAUGCAAAGGGAUCAUUUUGCUAAAUUUCAAACUAUUUCCAAUUAUACUGUUAGGAUUUACGAAUAGUAAAAAUGUAACAUAUCAUUAUAGGUUUCUUUUCAUCCAUUAAAACCAGUGGAGUUUCACGCUUCAGAUAUUACACCAUAUAUUUUUUCAUGUGUAAGUAUUAUUAAAUAUCACCAGUUUCAUGUUAUAUCAUUGAUAUCUAUACAGGUAUCACAUACUCUCUAAUCACCUUACACUGUUCUUUAGCAGGAAAAUGAAGCUGCUGGUGUUGCUAUCAGUGCUACUGGGGGUCUCGCUCUCAGCCACUGUACAGCGACAGCGACGGCAAGUCUGGGGCAACAGAUUAAACCUGCAGUCGUCCCAGGGCUAUCUCCCUCCCCGCCAGGAGCCGGAUUGCCAGCCAUCCACUGUCUACCGCACACAGACCCAGUACUCCACCAAAGUGAUUCCUUCCACUGUUUACAACACUGACGUCCAGUACAUCACUCAGACUUCAGUCAGCACUCAGCAGAUCUAUACGACAAUUACUUCAGAGGUCGUGCGAACCCAGCAGAUCCCCUCUAUCGUGUACAGCACGGUGACGGUAACCAACACACAAGACAACACGCGUAUUGAGGUCAUCACUCUCCCUGCCCAGGUCAACUACGUCACAAGCACAACAGAGGUCGUCAGCACCCUAGUCCAGUACCAGACCAGGUACACCACCCGCAUCCAGCAGGUGCCCACCACCGUCACCAGGAACGUGGUGUCCACCCAGGUGGUUCCUCAGCAGGUUUACAGCACCGUCUACCAGACCCAGACGGUCACCAGCACCCAACAGCUGCCGGGACAGACCCGCACCGUCCAGAGCACCCAGUACAGCACUAUCUACUCCACCACGGUCAUCCCUGCCCCAGAUGUGGUGCGCUCCACCACCGUUUACAGCACCAGCAUUGUCACCCAAACCAUCACCCAGCCGGGACAGACACAAGUCGUCACCAGCACCCAGGUGGUGCCUGUCACCACCACCAUCGUCUCUGAGGUGGUGCUCACCAACACACAGACUCAGUACGUCACCAGCACACAGGUGCAGCAGCAGGUGUCUACCGUCUACCGCACGCAGCAGGUAUCCCAGUACGUCACCAGGACGAUAACGGUGCCCCAGCAGGUGGUCAGCACUCAAGUGUCAACACAGGUGGUGCCCACAACCAUCUAUACUCAGCAGACGAUCCAAACCACUGUCUACCAGCCGGCCCAGACCCAGUACGUGACCGUCACUCGCACUGCUGUUAACACCCAGCAGGUGCCCGGCAGGACCCGCACGCAGUACGUCACCAGCAUCGUAUACAACACCAACUAUGUCACCUCCACCACCUACAGACCUGUGUACAACACCAUCACCGCCACAAGCACCAGCCAACCUGAUUGCAACACUGGCUACAACUACCCGACGCCUGCUCAACCCUUUAACCCACGAGGCUGAAAAAGCGACUAAUAUUUGGAGAGUAUAAUCGAUCCCACAAAUAUUUUUCCAACUGUAAUGUUUAAAAUGCAGUAAAUACUAGUACAUCACGCCGACGAAUGCAUUUGGUGAUAAUGAAGCGUUAACUAUACCUGCAAUGAAUUCCAUAUGGAAAUAAAUCAUGAUCAUUCCUC